AUGCUCAGUCCGAUCGAUGAGCCAGACUGCUCGAAGCAGCUGGUUGUCGACGCGCACCUGCUAGCAGUCGCCGCCUGGUCUGAGCUGGCUUGCCGCGACGAAUUCCUUUGUGGAUUGCCAGAUCACUCGCUUGCAACACCGACAUUGAGCGAUGCCUCUGAUGCCAGCAGUCUCGAUGGCGAGGAGGACUACUUCGCGUUCGCGUGUGCCGACAUGGCGCGAGCAGCAGAGUCGGUCGUCUGCUUGACCCGAUUUGCUGCUCCCUCUCGGCCGCUGUCAAGCUUGCUACACAACAAAGCUCGCACUGUCGCUUCCGGAAACCCAGACGGCGAGAGAUCUGGCAAACACAGCAAGUCGUCACAGCAUGUGAACCCGCAAAUCAGACAGUCGGAUGCUAUAAGCUACGCACUGCAACAGACAGUGACGCCCUUUGAAUCUCGCCAACCGAGUCCGGCGCCGCGACUAGUUCUGCCGUCAGCUGAUCGCCGUGCAAGGCCGCCGCCUAUAUGGCCCAUGCCGUCUGGCUAUGUCAUACCGUACCAGACCCACAGUCAGCCUUCGACGCCGGUGCCAUUGACACCUGCAACCGAGCUCGGUGGCGCCCUGGGUCAACUCAGCUUCGAUGCACCUACAAUGGCUCGCCAGCGAUCAGGCUCAACUGUCAGAAGCGAGUCGAGUGCUGCUCCAAAAUCCCGCCGAUCGAAGCCUGCCAGCGAGAAUCCCAACCUGACGCUACUGCGACGCGGGAGCUUUCCGCCCGUUCAAUUCCCACCGCAGCCGUAUUCGGGCGAUUCGCCGUUUGAAGUUCAGCCUGAGCCGAAAGCUAGUGUAUAUCAGUCGCAAGUCGACCGUCUGCCGGUCAUCGAAGCGCGACUCGAGAGGAUAGAAGCGAGCAUACAACAACUCAUGCAUGCAAGAGGACAGCAAACGCUUCGAGCGACGCGACUGGAAACAGCAUCAGUGCAGGAUACAAUCCAACAGACGCACAAGCAUCUGCCACGAGGAGAAUGA